GGACAAUAGAAUUCUCUACCUACUUCGCUGGCUGCGCACACUUCUCAUUACUGAACGGAAGAGAAUAGAUUUCAGGACAUUUUUUUUAUUCCCCGAAAUAAGCACAAGUAAUCAAGAUACUUAUGACACUUGUUACGACAAAAUCUCACUUCCGCUAUGGAACCGUGUUGGCAAUUCCACUCGAUCUGACACAUGUCAGAUAUCUUGAUAAUCAUACAAGGAUGCUAGCAAAAGUGCUGUCAAUGAAGAAUAGAUGAAUGGAAGAAACACUUUCUUUAACAGACGGAGCAUUCGAACAGGCAAAGCUGUCAAAAGUCAAGCAGACAGCUUUUGCGAUAAGACUUUAAAUAAGUUUACAUUUAAUAAUAUGCUGUUCAUAAAGUUUGCUGUUUGCACUUGACAUAUGAAAAUGCCAACAACUUCUGAUUACUUAGCUGACAAUUUAUAUUUGACAGCAAAACUGGGAACCGUUUCCUUUUUUCCACAGCAAUUGGACACCUCUUACGAAGCUGAGGUGAUUGGACAGAACAGAGGCGCACAAACGGCAGGAUGUGUGACCUUCAUCAAUCAGCAGUCGUCGUAUGGCUGAGCAAAAAAAAAAAACACAUAGAGGCACAUGCAAACGUAGAGACGACGUCAAAGGCUGUGAGUGGGCUACAAGUGUUGAUAGGUUGACGAGAUUGUUUGCUUUAAAACCAGCUGUGUUUGCAUGUAAUGUGUGAAAAUUACAAAAUUGCCAAAGAUUGUCUAAGUAAAUACGAUGGAACAGAUAGUAAUUCGCAAAACGAAAAUGUUGUAUGAAAUCGAAAUAAAAAAUAUUCGACCAAAAUUUGCCGCCCUAGGCUACAGCUUACUCAGCUUGCUGAUAAAUCCUCCGCUGACAACAGUACAGAUAAGACCUAAGCUUAUAAGCCUACAGAUGAUGAUGCUUAUAAUAAAUUCACCCUGUAUUCUAAAAUUGUCAACAGAUACAUGAGUAGAGAAGUAAAUUUCACAUUUAGACAAUGGAUAAUAUUUAGUACGCAUCAAAAGACAACAGCUGUGACCCAAAUUGCUUAAAAAUUAACCUAUGCAGUGAAAUCUGGAAAAAUACCUUCAUAAAUAGGAGUCGAGCCGCAGUAAACCGAUGCAUUCUUUAAAGUAAAUUCAAAAUGAAGACACAGUUUUUAGUUCUAACUUUCUUAGUGUUUUAUCUACUCGCCAAUGAAGCCUGCAACACGGACCAGGACCGUGCGAUUUGUGUGAGCAUGCUUAGGCGCUGUCAGGAGACCGAAGGCAGCAGACCCACUUCAAACCCAGAAGAGAGCUUGACCGCAUUCAACACUCAGUGCCGAGCCCGAGUUGGUACCAGCUGGCGCGAUGUAUCUCGCUGUGAUUUAGUGCGGGCAAUCUGUGAACUUACUAUUGUGCGUUGCCAGAAGGUCACUUGUAGCAGUGUUCAGACGCUCAUUUAGUAGAACUUACGCAACAUGAAGACUAUCCCAUGAUUUUAAUUUUGAAGCAUUUUACAAGCGAGGUUAAUGUUUUUCUCCUUUAAUUCCAUGUAAUAAAAAUUUGUUUUUUUACUUCAA